AUGGCAGCCAUGUCGUCCCUUUUCAUUCCCGUCGCUCUUUCUUUCGCCAAUUCUGUUCUUGCAGCACCUGCGCCAAUGGUCACUGGCACCAAUUUACCUGGUAAUAUCGCUCAACAAGCAGGUGGUGGCCUCCCGAAUCAACCUGGCAGCCCGCAUGUCUCCCAAUCUGGGUUGUCUGCUUUCCAGCUCGCCAACUUCCUGGAGAAUCUGGAGUCCGCUUUCUUUCAGGAAGGACUAAUGAACUUUACACAAUGGGGAACCGGAGGACAGACGAACGGUGUGAGCAACAUGGUCGUGGUAUCACACAUUGCUGCUCAAGAAGAGGUUCACGUUGCGUCCAUCGUGGGGUUGCUGCAAGCAAAUGGUGCUCAGGACGUCGCUCCAUGCGAGUACAACUUCCCCACCACGGAUGAGACCAGCUUCCUGGCUUUGGGGAACAUCAUCACCACAGUCGGCAUUGGCGCUCUGAUUGCCCUGGCAGAUGGUCUUUCCACGACUGAUCCUGGCUUGGAGGCCACUGUCGCCUCGAUUCUUCCUGUGGAGUCCCGUCACGACGCCUUUUUCCGCAUGACCGCAAACGAGAUCCCGAAUCCUACCACAUUCGAGACACCGAUCAGUGCCAUUUGGGCCUACAACUUGGCCCUCGACUUCAUCGUCGGAAACUCAUGCCACAACUUGCCUUCGUCCAUCACUUCUCUCCCCGUCUUCCCUGACCUGGGAAUUGUCGGCUAUGGUGGACCAUCAUUUGCAAACCCUAGCGCCCCCGGUAAAUUGAUCUUCAAGGUCGGCCAACCAACCAUGCUCCCUCAAGGGUGGAACUCGGGACCACUGUACAUGGCUUGGGUCAACCAAAACAACGUCCCUGCAUACACUGCCGUCACCCAGCAGGGCGAUGAACUGCACGCAGAUGUGCACCCAGGAAUGUUUGGGCUUGCGUUCGCGGCACUGACGAACCAAAACACCGCGACCAAUAUCAAUGACUUGACCAAGGCAACGCUGGCUGGACCCUUGCCAAUCCCACUUACCUGA